UUGUUUUUUCCUCUUUUUAUUCUCAUUUGAUAGCUAGAUAGUACUUUAAUUUACUACCUAUAACAACAAUGCCAAAUUUUAAACCAUUUCUUCUUCUCAUUUUUCUUCUUCUUCUCAUCAAUUUUGACUUAAUUUAUUGUCACACAAAAGGUCUUAGGCCAAAAAAGAAGCAAUUAAAUGUGAACAUGACACAAGUUCAACAUUCUGAACAACAAUUUAUACAAUGGGUACAAUUUGUUGGAAGCUUAAAACAUUCACUUUUUAAGACAGCAAAAAAUAAAUUGUUCCCUUCAUAUACACUUAUUGUUGACAAAAAUCCUUCUCAUGGAGAUUUUACUUCAAUUCAAGAAGCCAUUGAUUCUCUUCCAUUUAUCAAUCUUAUUAGAGUUGUUAUUAAAAUCCAUGCAGGAAUUUACACGGAGAAAGUAAAUAUAUCACCAUUUAAAUCAUUUAUAACCAUAGAAGGAGAAGGAGCAGAUAAUACAAUAAUUCAAUAUGGAGAUACAGCACAAACUAUUGGCCCAAAUGGAAAACCCCUUGGCACUUUUGGUUCAGCUACUUUUGCUGUUAAUUCACCUUAUUUCCAAGCCAAAAAUAUUACUUUUAAGAACACAACACCAGUGCCACCACCAGGAGCCAUAGGAAAACAAGCAGUAGCAUUUAGAAUAUCAGCAGAUACAGCAGCCUUUGUAGGGUGCAAAUUUUUGGGGGCACAAGAUACACUUUAUGAUCAUUUGGGUAGACAUUAUUAUAAAGAUUGUUAUAUUGAAGGCUCUGUGGAUUUCAUCUUUGGCAAUGGACUUUCUUUCUUUGAGGGAUGUCAUUUGCAUGCAAUAGCACAAGUGACAGGUGCAGUAACAGCACAAGGAAGGAGCAGUAUGUUGGAGGACACUGGAUUUAGUUUUGUGAACUGUAAGGUCACAGGUUCAGGUGCAUUGUACCUAGGUAGGGCAUGGGGUCCUUUCUCAAGGGUCAUCUUUGCUUACACAUAUAUGGACAACAUUAUCAUACCUAAAGGAUGGCAUAAUUGGGGUGACCCCCUUAGAGAAAUGACUGUAUUUUAUGGGCAAUAUAAAUGUAGUGGACCAGGGGCAAGUUUUGCAGGAAGAGUUUCAUGGUGUAGAGAAUUAACUGAACAAGAAGCUAAGCCUUUUAUUUCACUUAGCUUUAUUGAUGGUUAUGAAUGGAUCAAAUUUUAAUAAAUAAAAUUUAUUCCCUAAAAUUUUUAUUUUAUUUUUGGCUUGAUUUGUAAAAAUCCAUGUAUCUUGUAGUAAGUUCAAAAAGGCAUAGAUUAGAAAAAUUUUGGUGAAAAUUAUGUUAAUUUAAA